AACCCGCGACGAGCAUUCACGAAGAGUACUGCAUCUCUCUCUCGCUCUUUGACUCACUUGCUCACUCUUUUCUGUGUCUGUGUUGCUGUUUCCGGAGCUUGACUUUGGUCCAUUUUAAGUGACUGGAAGCGGAGAUCAGCCACUUCGAUCGAGACCAUCGCUGCGAAGAGAAGAGAAGAGGCUCUGUUUUACGUUGCUAUCCGGUGCGUUACCAGGGAUCUUGUGAGGGUAGUUUGUGGCGAUGGCGGAGCAGCGCGUGAAAUUGAGAAGCUCAGAUGACGAAAUGUUCGAGGUGGACGAGGCAGUGGCGUUCGAGUCGCAGGCAGUGAAGAACAUGAUCGAAGACACGGGCAAAGAUGCGGUGAUCCCGCUGCCAAACGUGUCGAGCAAGAUCCUGGCGAAAGUGAUCGAGUACUGCAAGUACCACGUGGACAACCAGAAACAGGGCGAGGACAAGCCCCCGGCGUCAGAGGACGAAAUUAAGGCUUGGGACGCGGAUUUUGUGAAGGUGGACCAAGCGACGUUGUUCGACCUGAUCUUGUUUAACAUCAAGAACGACUUCACCCCGGAGGAGGAGGAGGAAGUGCGGAGGGAGAACCAAUGGGCAUUCGAGUAGGGCGUGAUCGGGUAGCUAUGAUUGUAGGAGGCAGUUUGGGUAGCAAGCCGUGAAGUGAAAAUCGGAGCAAGGGCAGGCCGAGGCAGCGGGGUAGUCGUUUGUGGGUAUAGAGGGUACACAGGAUUGAUGGGACUGCAAGUGUUUGAGGGGGAAGAGUGGAGGGGAGAUAUGUAAUAUUUGUGAUCUUCCAGCAUCACGUGCAGAGUGGUGUGCGGUGAUGGGCGAAAUGGUGACGUUGCAGACGGCAGAUGUGUGGGCGAAAUGGUGACAUUGCAGAAGCGAGUUGAGUGCCGGUUUUUGAGGGUGGGGAAGGAGCAUUUGCGAGUUGAUCAGUGUGUUUUAGUGGGGGGUUUCAGUUUCAUUUGGUUGUGCGUUUUGUUGUUGACAUUGUUGCUGUGUUGCGCUUGGUGUAUGUGGAGUCGAAGUUUGAUAGAACCAUGGAAGGGGUGUUUGACAAUCCACGCUUGUCAAGCUGCCUGCUGGAUCAUGUCCGUCGACUAUAGAGGUAUAGUCAAUUUGGAGCGCACUGGAUUUUGGGUGUACUCUGCGUUAGUCCUAGUGUUUGUGGUUUGUCUGUCCGAAUCUGAAAUGAAGAUGAGCUUAAUGCA